AUGCCCUGUCUGGAAAUUCUGGAGGCCCCUAUUUCCGACGCGUUUCUGAACGACGAGAACCUGUUAAACUCUCCUCCUAAAUUGGACGGUGUGGUAAAUUUCUAUGUCGGAAAAGGGCUGAGGAGUGUUAGGAAGCUAUAUCUGUUCGUUGUCUGGGAAACCUACGAACAUCAUAUUCAAUUCAACCAAGAUCCUGAAAAUCGAGUCAAGAUCGCAGAGUUCCUCACGCCUGCUUUGGGUGGGAAGCCAACGUCAAUACGUCAUGUCGAAUUGACUAGACUGCAUGAAAGCACUUUGGAGGCCCCCGUGACUGAGAUCGCUUUCCUCGGCCUGAAUUCUGGGCUCCCUGACAACCACCUAGAAGUACUCAAUGCCGCGUUUGAGAACGCUGUUGCGAAGGCCGUAGGGAGUCACCCACCAGCCAUUCAUGGCUAUACAAAGGAGCUGGCAGAUGUUUAUGGAGUUUUCGUGGGCUGGGAUAGCAUCGAGGCACAUGCUGACAAUGCGGCCAACCUGGAUCCCGAGUUUGUCGCGCUCCUCGCUGAAUACAGCCGAGUCAAUUCCCUCGACUUUGCUAGCUUGAAGAAGCUCUUGUAG